UUUUCAUAUACCUGUAUCAUAAUGAUCUGUAUAUCGCCGGUGCUUGAAGAUGAGAGAGACUUUACUUCCUUCUAUUGCUUCUUCAUUGACUCUUCAACUUCAGAACAGUGGAGCCGUGUCCCUCAUACGCGAUUCAUUUUUCUCGGCUCAGAUAAAUUGACAAAAAGGAAUCCUCUCUAGCUCUUUUCCUUCCUGGAUACUUACAUGCUGCUUCAAUUUACGGCCCGUCCAGAGCCCUUUGCUGAAAUGAUAUAGCGUCCUAUCAGGAUCAGAAAUCGGGGCAUGAGUUUGAAGAAUAAUUCCUCUAACAGAGGAGACACCUCAUUUAUCGACAUAGUGGUUGAAGAUAGCACCUCAUGUUCCCUGUCAAUAUGCUGCUCAUUCUGUCCUGAAAAGGACUUCCCCCCCCCCCCCAAAUUGUCAAGAUCGCCUCAAGCUAACAUGGCCAGACACUGAUCUUCCAUUAGCUUAAAAAAGUUCCCCUGCAGAGAUGGCAUUUGCCCAACAAACAACCUCCAAUCAAAAGCCCACAGAAUUCUCGCCCGCCCUGAGAUGCCGUCAUUCAAGUGUCAUCGUCAUCUGUUCCAAGUCUCGCCCUGGAGAUUCGCCUGGAUGAGCGACCAGCUGUAUCUUUAGCUACUGAAUCCCCCCGACCACCUCCUUAGGGGGCUGUGGUUGUUGAAACUGCUUGUGCACUGUGGAAGAAAAAGCUAGACCAGACGGUUGAUAUUGUGAAAACCUGCGUGCAACGAGGGCAAGCGAUUGUCUCUCAGGAUCACAAAUUACACGAGAAAGACGGUGUGCUCGCAAAGAGUAAAGACGUCUAAAGAUGAAUAAAGCGUUGGAGGAGUAAACAGUGGCCUCCUAAGCACAGUACCAAAGCAUUAUCCAUACGGAAAGCAGGCUCGUUAUGGCACCUCGCCACAUCGCGGCUGAGCCGCCAGGGAGUGUAAAUCUUAUUGCCACGAUUGAAGCAUGUGGCCACUCACUUCCGCUCUUCCAGCCACCAGCCACCAUCCAGUCUCAACUUCCCUCGAUUCCUCGUUCUCUCUCCAUCCUCUUGGCAACUCUCCGUAUGCUCAGCAUCAAUUCUUCUCUAUCAACCUACUAGCAAUUAACAAUUGCCUGAGGGGCCUCUUGCGUUCACGAUACACUUCCGUAAUGUCUUUUUUUCCAUGCGCUCGAGUUGACGUGCUUGCUGGCUUGGGCACGAAGGUCUCCAUUACGACGCCUGUGGGAUAGUAUACAACUGCAUUCUGUGAUCUGCUAACUGCUAUCUCCAGUUAGCUGAUCUGCGGAUACGACUUUUUGGUUUGUCUGGCCCUUUUCCGUGGGAGCCUGUUUCCAGAUCGCGGAUUAUAGCUACUGUCUCCCAGCAGAGUUUGUUGCUUUACGUGAAUCCCAGCAGUCCGGCUCUCCCCGUGAUUCCAUCUUCAAAGCACCAUGACGUUCCGUUCUGGUCUUGCAAAGGUGAGGCGGGCUUAUUGGAGCUUGCUUGAGGGCUUCAUGGAUGCUAUCCAGGUUCUGGACUCAAUCAGGAGCCGAAUACCCGUGAUUUCCAGUAUCCGAAUUAAUUUUUUGUCCCUCCAUUACGCCUACAUUAUCGUCUGUGCCCUCGCUUGCUCCAUCGUCAUCUAUCCGAAUGGGAACAUGAGAUAUAUCGAUGCGCUGCUGUUCGGUACAGGUUCUGCCACCCAGAGUGGUCUCAACCCCAUCGACCUCAAUCUCCUGUUCACCUACCAACAGGUCGGGUUAUGGUUCGUUUCCAUGAUCACCAAUCCCAUCGUCAUUCAUUCAUUCGUUGUUUUUAUGCGGCUCUUUUGGUUCGAAAGGCGCUUUCAACAUGUCGUUCGUGAGGCCAAAACCCUGCGACGUAUUAAGACAAGGCAAAGGACUAUGACUCGUGACGCUUGGGGCCGGGAAGGAGUGGAGACUGGACCCAAUCAAGAUCGAGAAGGGGUGGGGGUGCGUGGAAAGCGGAUAGUCCUUGUAAGAGAUAGUGACACUGGACAAGCUCAGGGUGGUUCGGCGGUUCCUGAUGUUAUGAAGAAGUCAGACCCGGAAUCCACCUCUGACAGUGACAAGUCACCCAAAUCGACAACUGGUGGCAGAUCCAGCUCUCAGAUGGAGGAUCAAACUGAGAGAGAAGAGCGAGGUGAACUGGCUAAUACGAGUGAAUCUCCUGUUGCGGAUGACAAUGAUAGGAGUGUAGAGUUCAGAACACCUCAAUAUUUGAGCCCGGAGCAUCAUAUUGCGUUCCUAGAACACCAGCGGAGACAGACUGGGGCAUUGCGUAUUCCAAGCCCGCGAGAGUAUGACAGAGGCAGGGUCCCACAAACGGUGGACAAUACAGAUGGCGGAGAUUUGACCCGAGCACAGACAUCGCAAUCGGAGCGGCCUCUUCAAUCAUCUCCUUUUUCGCCUUUUACUCCACCUUCCCGAGGACGCCGUAUCACCAUUGAUGAGCCUAAUGCUGUCCGGAUGCGUUCGCGGACCAGAACGUUUCCUCGAACUAAUUCUCGUCGUGGGCGAAGCCAAGGGGCCAGCGAACCGGAUACAGAUUAUGCCCCAUCAGAGAGAACGAGAAAGGGAACGUUGUCGAGCCUUUUUCGGUCUACAUCAGCGCAAGGAGCCGACGUUGAUUCUAGCCCCUAUCUUAGUUGGCAACCGACAAUUGGCCGGAAUUCUGCGUUCGUGGACCUUACCGAGGAGCAAAGGAAUGAGCUAGGGGGAAUUGAAUACAGGGCCCUGAAAGCUCUAGCGGUAGUGCUGAUUUGUUAUUUCUUCCUCUUCCAUCUAUUAGGCAUUAUAUGCUUGGUACCAUGGAUUCUGAAAACAGAAAGAUUCGGUAAUGUUGUUAGAGCUGCAGGGGUAGGCCGGCCGUGGUGGGCCAUUUUCACCUCUGGCUCCAGUUUCAACGACCAAGGAUUCGCACUCACCCCAAACUCGAUGAUACCGUUCUAUGAUGCAGUGUUUCCUCUUCUUUUACUGACCUUCCUUAUUAUCAUCGGAAAUACUGGAUUUCCUUGCAUGCUGCGAUUUAUAAUCUGGGUGCUUUCCCUCCUUGUUCCCACUGGCAGCCCUGCUUGGGAAGAACUGCGGUUUUUAUUAGACCAUCCGAGAAGAUGCUUCACGCUUUUGUUUCCCCGGGCAGCUACGUGGUGGCUAUUCGGAGUGCUUGUGAUCCUUAAUGGGGUAGAUGUGAUAUUUUUUAUUAUCUUAGAUUUGAGUGACCCGGAUAUCACCAGGAUUCCUGGUGGAAUACGCUUUGUAGAUGGUUUAUUCCAAGCGGCCGCGACGCGGACCGCUGGUUUAGCGGUUGUCAAUCUGUCCGAAAUCCAUCCUGCGGUUCAAGUUUCCUACAUGAUUAUGAUGUAUAUUUCCGUGUUCCCUAUUGCCAUUUCGGUCCGUCGGACAAAUGUUUACGAGGAAGGCAGUCUGGGGAUAUAUUCCUAUCCUGAUGAAGAUGAAGAUGAAACGUUGGGGUCGAAGAAAAUCAACUAUGUGGGGGCCCAUCUUCGAAGACAGCUCAGCUUCGACCUGUGGUACAUCUUCCUUGGAUUGUUCAUCAUUGCCAUCGUCGAAGGCAAUAGGCUGGACGACACGGGCGAGAACGGUUUCACCCUGUUCGCCGUCAUGUUUGAGAUCAUCUCAGCCUACGGAACCGUGGGUCUGUCGCUUGGUUUCCCAAACACCAACACCUCUCUCUGCGCACAGUUCAAGCCCUUAUCGAAACUCAUUAUUAUCGCCAUGGAGAUUCGCGGCCGCCAUCGUGGCUUGCCUUACGAACUCGACCGUGCGAUUAUGUUACCGUCUGAAUCCCUCAACCGGAAGGAACUCCUAGACGCCAACAAACGGGUGAGGCGUAGUGGAUCCGCGGCCAGCACGUUUUCAGGGGUUAUUGGGCAGCAGCCACUACCAAACCCGCUACAGCAGGAGUCUGGAUCUUCAAGUGCAUAUCAGCGAGACGGGCCUGCUAGCCCACGGUCGUUAGAGCUAACGAAUCGACCCACCGGAGCGGCAAGUAAUAGGCCUCCUUUAGAGACACAUCAUGAGGAUGUUUAGCUCUGGUAAUUAGCAGUGUAGGUGUUUUCUCCAGUCUUCAGGAGAGUAACCCUAAUCAUUUAUCAUCAGCACUUGAUGAGACUCCAUAGGUAUUUCAUAACUGCAUUUUUUUCUUCUUGUUUGUUUGUUUUCGGCGAUUUAGCGAGCGAUCAUUGUACGGUACUGUAUUUCCCUUCUAAUUGGCACUUGUAGUGUAUUCGGUUUUGGGAGGUUUGUGUCUCUUUCCUUUCCGGUAGCGAACACUUAUUGUGUCGUGUUAAUGGGAUGUAUGUAUGUACAUGUAAUGUACAGACAUAGUAGGGAUGGAUAUGGGGAAUCCUUCCCAUAUUAUUUAUUAUAUACAUUAUUCCCAAUCCCGAGUCAAAUUAAUCUUCAAAUUCGGAGGAAGACAUGGGGAACAACGUUCCUUGUUCUCAAAAUACCCCCUUCUGCCUCAAGGAGCACUCUCGCUGCUCCAAGCGAUUGGAAGGUGGUUAUUUAUUAUUCAAUUCAAUCAUCUUCUAGGCAUUCGGCAUGGCAAUCAAAAACUAAGUUAA